GGAUCCUUUUCUCAUCUAUCUCUUCCGCGCUCUGCUUCGAAAAAAUCUCUCUUACAGUUUUCACCACACAAUGCUACCCUGCGCCACGUUCUCAGUUGCGGGAACCACCACCGGAGUUCCGACAAUAUUCUCCAGCGAGUUCCGGCAGCUACGUUACCACGCUGAAACGGUGCGCUCUCGGAAACUCAGGAUUCACUUCAGCUGCUCUUGCCGCGCAAAGGAGCGACCUUCGCAACGGUUCUUGAAGUUGAAUUCGAAGAGAAGGAGCACGCUUUUGACCUUUGCCUUCGGUAAAGAAGCUGAAGACAGCUUCUUCUCGGAUGUAGGUGAAGAUACAGAUGAGAUGUAUGAUGAAUUGUUUAAAAAUUAUGGAAAAGUGGUAUUUAAGAGGAAAGAUCAAAAGCCUGCUACUGCAGAGGUUGAUGAUGAUGCCGAAAGCCUAUCGUUUGCUGUGGAGAUGGCCAAGGUUGCAAGUGAGGUUAAGGCAGCCGAUAUAAAGGUUUUGUUUGUGAAGCCUCUUGUUUACUGGACUCGAUUUUUUAUCAUAGCUACGGCAUUUUCUCGUCCCCAAAUUGAUGCCAUCGGGUCCAGAAUUAGAGAUUUAGCUGAAAAGAAAUAUGGAAAAUUUCCGACUGGAGACUCAAAACCCAACUCAUGGACCCUGUUGGACUUUGGCGAUGUUGUUGUCCACAUCUUUCUUCCACCUCAAAGAGCUUUCUACAACUUGGAAGAGUUCUAUGGUAAUGCAACACCCGUAGAGCUGCCUUUCGAGAAUCAACCACCAUUUCGCAAUUGAGGAGACGUUGGUAUACCAUUAACUAUUAGUCAUGGCCAGCUUUGAGGAGACACAAAAUCACUGCCAAUUUUGGUUUGUUUACAAGAUUGUGGGAUAAACGUUUAUCAGCACAAGACUUUUUAGUGGAUCAUUCAAUGGUGAAACGAUAAUAGCAAUUUGUAUUCGUCCACAAGUCCUUCCCCAACAUGUAUAUUACUUGUUAUCACUCCCGGAAAUCAAUCUGUAUUGGAUAGUUUUGCAUAAGGGGGGUUCUAGUAACUAGAAAGCUUUUCAGACUAGAUUAAAUUCAAUUCGUUCUGUAAAUUUUUCGUGCAAUUUUACUAGCUUCAAAUUUUAUUGAAUAUUGUUAAUCUCUAUUGUUAUCA